AGUUUAGUAUUACCAUUAUUCUACAGAGAAGAAACCAGAUCUUCUUCAUCAAAACAUUGCUCCACAUAAAAAUGGAUCCCAUUGCUAGAGACGAUAAACCUCAUGUUGUAUGCGUUCCAUAUCCAGCUCAAGGCCAUGUAACUCCGAUGAUGAAGCUAGCCAAGCUUCUCCACUACAACAAUUGCCACAUCACCUUCGUCAACACAGAGUAUAAUCACCGAAGAUUACUCAACUCCAGAGGAUCCGAUUCCCUCGAGGGCUUACCGGACUUCCGCUUCGAGGCUAUUUCCGACGGGCUUCCGCCUUCGGAUGCGAAUUCUACUCAGGAUAUUCCGGCUCUUUGCGAAUCCACUUCGAAGUAUUCGUUGGCUCCGUUUCGGGAGCUUCUUUUGAAACUGAAGUCGUGUGAUGAUUUGCCGGGGGUUAGUUGUAUUAUUUCGGAUGGUUGUAUGAGUUUUACGCUUGAUGCUGCUGAAGAAUUUGGUAUUCCUGAGAUACUGUUCUGGACUCCGAGUGCUUGUGGGGUUUUGGGGUAUGCACAGUAUCAGAUUCUCAUGGACAAAGGGUUAACACCUCUCAAAGAUGCAAGCUAUCUGACAAAUGGGUACUUGGAAACAACGUUAGAUUGGGUUCCAGGAAUGAAAAACAUCCGUUUAAGAGAUUUUCCAAGCUUCAUCAGAACUACAGACAAAAACGACAUCAUGCUCAACUUCCUGACAAGAGAAAUAGCGCGUACACGAAGAGCCACCGGUGUCGUUUUCAAUACAUUUUAUGCCCUGGAGAAAGAAGUCAUAGAUGCUCUUUCUAAUUCCACCUCAUUUCCUCCGAUUUACGCUAUCGGUCCUCUGAAAUUGCUCGUUGAUCAAAUUCCAGACGAGAAAAAGUUAGAAGACAUCGGAUCGAAUCUUUGGAAAGAAGAAUUGGAGUGUAUCGAAUGGCUCGAUACUAAAGAACCAGGCUCGGUAGUAUACGUAAAUUUCGGAAGCAUCACCGUAAUAACUCCGGACCAAAUGAUGGAAUUCGCUUGGGGACUAGCAAAUAGCAAGAAGCCCUUUUUAUGGAUCAUCAGGCCUGAUCUCGUGGUGGGCGAAAAUGCAAUGUUACCCGUGGAAUUCGUCUCGGAAACUAAGGACAGAGGCAUGUUAGCAAGCUGGUGUCCUCAGGAAAAAAUCCUAAAACAUUCUGCCGUGGGCGGGUUUUUAAGUCAUAUGGGGUGGAAUUCGACAUUAGACACUAUCUGCGGCGGCGUUCCGAUGGUUUGUUGGCCGUUUUUCGCCGAGCAACAAACUAAUUGUAGAUUUGCUUGUGUUGAAUGGGGUGUUGGAAUGGAGAUUGAUAAUAAUGUGAAGAGAGAUGAAGUGGAGAAGCUUGUGAAAGAGUUGAUGGAUGGAGAAAAAGGUAAAGAAAUGAAAAAUAAGGCAAUGGAAUGGAAGAAAAAGGCUGAAGAGGCUACAGAAAUUGGUGGAUCUUCUCACUAUAACUUGGAUGAAUUAGUAAAAUUCAUCAUUAGCCUAAAAAGUUAGGAGGAUUGAAGUUUUGAAGCAUGAGCCACGUUAUUUUACAACACAUUUUUCAUAUUUAUAAAUAUUUGGAUAUUGUUUUAAAAAUUUAUUUUUAUUUGAGUAUUUUUAAAUCAUUAAAUGGGGUAUUUAUUUGAA